AUGGAGCUGAGAGUCCUCCUCCUGCUGCCGCUCUGCUUCCCAGGUCUCCAAGCCAGAACACCUGAUGCCAAGGAGAGACACUCAGAAGGAAGCACUCUCUCUGUCCAGUGUCCUUACACAGCAGAGGCUAACUCCUACCAGCAGAAAGCCUGGUGCCGUGUGAGAGGUGGCAAAUGUGACGAGGUCUUAGUGGAAACGACCUACCCAACACAAUACCCAAACACAACCCAAGCCACAAAGGGGAGAGUUACAAUAGAGGACAACCUCAGAUAUAGGACUGUGUCCAUCACCGUGACUAACCUUCAGGUAGAGGACUCAGGCACAUACUCCUGUGCUUCCCGUUCCAAGUACGGGUAUAUUCCACUAAGGACGAUCUCACUGGAUGUUUUCAAAGUCCCCAGCAAUACCCCUUCCCUGAGCUUGAGGACGGCCAUGGAGCUGAGAGUCCUCCUCCUGCUGCCGCUCUGCUUCCCAGGUCUCCAAGCCAGAACACCUGAUGCCAAGGAGAGACAAUCAGAAGGAAGCACUCUCUCUGUCCAGUGUCCUUACACAGCAGAGGCUAACUACUACCAGCAGAAAGCCUGGUGCCGUGUGAAAGAUGACAAAUGUGACAAGGUCUUAGUGGAAACGACCUACCCAACACAAUACCCAUACACAACCCAAGCCACAAAGGGGAGAGUUACAAUAGAGGACAACCUCAGAUAUAGGACUGUGUCCAUCACCGUGACUAACCUUCAGGUAGAGGACUCAGGCACAUACUCCUGUGCUUCCCGUUCCUACAAUUAUGGGUAUAUUCCACUAAGGAUGAUCUCACUGGAUGUUUUCAAAGAGUUGCAUAUGUGGGAGUUGGACAGUCUCUUGAUGCAGUGCUCGUACAGCACCCCAGGGUACAGCACAGGGACAAAAGCCUGGUGUCGAAGUGGUCAGACUGGGUGUAAAGUUGUGGUGAGCACAGAUCAGUCUUCAACACAGUAUGCACAGCGAUCUGCAUCGUCCGCCUGGCUCAGAUGUCUCCAAGCCAGAACACCUGAUGCCAAGGAGAGACACUCAGAAGGAAGCACUCUCUCUGUCCAGUGUCCUUACACAGCAGAGGCUAACUCCUACCAGCAGAAAGCCUGGUGCCGUGUGAGAGGUGGCAAAUGUGACGAGGUCUUAGUGGAAACGACCUUCCCAACACAAUACCCAUACACAACCCAAGCCACAAAGGGGAGAGUUACAAUAGAGGACAACCCCAGAUAUAGGACUGUGUCCAUCGCUGUGACUAACCUUCAGGUAGAGGACUCAGGCACAUACUCCUGUGCUUCCCGUUCCUACUAUUACGGGUAUAUUCCACUAAGGACGAUCUCACUGGAUGUUUUCAAAGUAUUGGCUGAAACAACUUCGUCAUAUACUGCAGGCACAAGUCAAACAACGCUUUCUGGCAACACCCCAGCACCGAGCUCAAAUGUAAACACCUUCAGCCUACUCUUUGGGGUCCUGAGCAUCCUGUUGAUCCUGGCACUUACUGGCUCAAUAACACUGAGCAUCUGGCGGCGCAAGCAGCUGAAGAGAAGAGGUACCAGGCAAGCAGAGGACACCUAUGACAAACCAGAGGACAUAGCACAGCUCAACAGCACUGAAAGAAUGGAAAGUCCCAGGGAUGACAGCAAAGACAUACAAUAUGUUACCCUGAACUUUAAAUCCCGACUCAGCCCUGAGGAUACUCUCUAUUGCAAUCUUGAACCAAGUCAGACUCACAUGAAACCCAAUGAUGAAAAUGUGGAAUAUGCGAUCAUUGCACUCAAGCAGUUACCGACGAAUGACAAAGGAUGA